CACAUAAAUAAGUGCAAAACCCUAAUCCCUGCACGAACUCGAGCAGCCGGCAGCAGAAACCCUCGGCUUUGCAUCACCUCUAGGUAGAUACACAAGAUGUCGUUUGGAGAGCUUGCUUGCACCUACGCUGCUUUGAUCCUUCACGACGAUGGCAUCCCCAUCACCGCCGAGAAAAUAGCAACGCUGGUGAAGGCGGCGAAUGUGACGGUCGAAUCUUAUUGGCCGAGUCUCUUCGCUAAGCUUUGCGAGAAGAGGAACAUUGAUGAUCUCAUCAUGAACGUCGGCUCUGGUGGUGGUGGUGCCGCCGUAGCUGUAGCUGCUCCUGCGUGCGCUGUCGCGGCCCCGGCGGGGGGCUUUUUGGGUGGAGCCGCUGCCGCAGCUGCACCCGCAGCCGAGGAGAAGAAGGAGGAACCAAAGGAGGAAAGUGAUGACGACAUGGGAUUCAGUUUGUUUGAUUAGACGGUCCUUUAACUAUGUUUUAUUAGUUUUAGAUUUUGCGAACUUGGGCCAUACACUAAUUUGGGUUAUAAUUACACCUCAUUAUAGAGUUUUUCAUUUACUGUCUUCAGUGAUUACUGUGAUUGUAUGGUCUCUUACAUGCAGUAAUUCUGUUUGCAAAUUUUCAAGUGUCUGUGAAUCCGAUUUCUCAUGUGUUUUAUGUUGAAUUCAUCUGAUAGCUUAAGUUCUGAUUGCCUUUGUUCA